AUGACCACAUUAUUUGAGAAACUAACUGAGCUCAUGUUGUUGGAUCCUAACGAUAAGUACUCUCCGCAGAAGAGUAUUCUUCUCAAACGAAUGGCUGCCAAUAUAAUCAGCUGCUUCCCAUACCCGACGACACGUCCGGCGAGUCCUCCACCAAAACCAUCGCCAGAAUCCUGUGAGCAUCGCGCAUUCUGUGAUGCGUUUGGAAAACUUGUGCAGGUAUCCGUUGAAACCAUGGCGAUCACAGCACUUCCGAUGGAUGUUUGGCUCAAAGAGCGACUCAAGAAAUGGGUUCAGUUAUCAGGACAUGAAGGUAGCAUAGUGCCAGCCACGCCUCAUACGUUGUAUAAGAAACAGUGUGUGAACUGUGGAGAGGGAAGAGCUUAUAAGAACAUUUCCAAGGAUCCGGCACUCGAUGGAUUCACACCUAAAUAUUAUAAUGAGUUGGAAAAGAAUGAAGAACAUUUCAUCGAAAUCGAAGAUCUUCUUCAACAGUUUGCCGAUCCCACCAAAACGGCUAUCAUGGACAUCAAAAUUGGGACAAGAACUUUUUUGGAAUCUGAAGUUUCGAAUACAAAAAAGCGAGCAGAUUUGUAUGAGAAGAUGGUGACAAUUGAUAAUGAUGAGCCAACGGAAGAAGAGAGAAAGUGUGGAGCUAUCACUAAAUUGAGAUAUAUGCAGUUCAGAGAAAGAGAAAGUAGUACAGCUCAGUUGGGAUUCAGAAUCGAGGCAGCUAAGAGACUCGAAGGAGCCUUGGAGAAAAACUUCAAAAAAGUGCGAACAGUUGAAGACGUCACAACGACUUUCAUGGACUUCUUUGGAAUGCAAAGAAGCCGAGUCCGAAAACAAUUGAUCGAACGACUGAAAUCAAUGAGAAAAGCCAUCGAGAAUUCGACAUUUUUCAACACUCACGAAGUGGUCGGAAGCAGUAUUCUGAUUGUUUUCGAUACGGAAAAAGUGGGAUGUUGGAUGAUUGAUUUUGCCAAAAGUUCUCCGGUUCCGAAUGGACGAACUUUGAAUCACCGCACGAAUUGGGUUCCAGGAAACAAUGAGGAUGGAUAUCUGAUAGGAAUUGAUAAUUUGGUCAAGAUUCUCGAAGAACUUCCAGAAUAUGGAGAGCAUCCAGACGAUCAGUUGAUGGUCACUGAGGAAGUGGUCGCCAGAAUGAAAAGUUCGAAGGCUUGA